AUGAUUCUCAAUCAUAUCUCAGAGGGCAAUACAAUCCAAAAGAUUGGGUUGUUCGCCAGCUCCGCGGAGAAACACAAUAUUCUGGACCUCAUUGAGCCGUACUGGCGAUGGGAUACCAUCCAUGAGUACAACACUGAGUACUUCGAUCUUGACAAAGCGGCCUCUACCGAAAAAGCCUUGAUGGAUUUGUGGAAGGCCUUGGCUGAAGUGACUAAGAGUGACAAAAACCCGGCCCUUGCUCAACAGAUCGCGUCGGUCAAUAUUGACUUCACAGAGAACGCCUUGAACGCGAUUUAA